UCAUCACUGCUCAUCAUCAUCAUCUUCUUCUUCCUCCUCAUCUCAAUCUUCUUCUCACUUCAAACCCAAAAUUAGUUUAAGAAAUAUAAAAUAAUUUAAAACCCAUAAUCUAAUUUUUUAUUUUUGGUUAUACAAAACCCCACCACCAAAUCCAUCAACAAAUCUCUACAAAAACCCUAAUUGCUCAUCUUUCUUAAAAUCCCAUCUUAUAAACUUUAUUCAAUCUUUUUCUUAUUAUAACAAAUUUAUAAAAUUUAAAUGUUAGAGCUAUGGAUUUAACCCCAACAACAGCUUCUACAACUAAUAACACCACCACCACCAACAACACUAAUACUCCGUCUACAAAAUCACCUGACCAAGAAACUGAAACUCCGACCCGGAUCCAACCGCCGAAGCCUCUGUCCUUCUCAAACGGUGUCCUCAAGCGCCACCACCACCACCACCACCAUCUUUCUGCUCCGCCUCCGGUUGUCAUAAUCUACAAAGAAUGUCUCAAGAAUCACGCUGCUACUAUAGGCGGUCACGCUCUCGAUGGCUGCGGAGAAUUUAUGCCGUCUCCUACAGCUACUCACACUGACCCAACUUCUUUAAAAUGCGCUGCUUGUGGCUGCCACCGUAAUUUCCACCGCCGUGAGCCGGAAGAUAAUCCUCCUCCUCCUCUACUUCUUAGCAACACAACCACCACAAUUGAGUACCAGCCACACCACAGGCAUCACCCGCCACCACCUCCUCCACCACAAGCAGUCGCUCCUCCGCCUUAUAACCGAAGCCCCAACUCAGCUUCUCCGCCACCGAUCUCGUCCUCCUACCCAUCUGCACCUCACAUGCUGUUAGCACUUUCCGGAGGCGUAUCCGCCGGUGGAAAUGACAAUUCAGGCAUGACUUUAGCCGGUGGCUCCUCCGCGAGGAAGAGAUUCAGAACGAAGUUCAGCCAGACCCAGAAAGAAAAAAUGCACGAGUUCGCGGAUCGAGUCGGGUGGAAGAUGCAGAAAAGAGACGAGGAUUUGGUUCAUGAAUUCUGUAACGAAAUUGGGAUUGAUAGAGGCGUUUUGAAAGUUUGGAUGCAUAAUAACAAGAACACGUUCGCUAAAAAAGAUUCAAACGGGAACGGGAUUAAUCUUGAUAACAAUGUGAAUCACCAUCAUCACCACCAUCAUCAACAUCAUCAUCAAGAACCACAUCAAAUCUUCGGAAAUCACGAUAAUCUUAACGCUGCUCAUGUCGGUACUAAUGGGUCUUCUUCAUCUUCUUGAUGCUAAUGGUGAUGAAGCUGCUGAUAAUAAAUUUUAGCUAGAUAGAAGAGUAAGCAUGGUAGUACUUAAUUAAUUAAUUAAUGUUUUUCAUUUCUGUUAAUUUCUUCUCUGAUUUUGUUUUCUUUCUUUAAUUAGUUUUAUUAAGUUAAUGAUCAAAACCCAAAUCAAAAACUUUAAUUUUAUUCUCA